GGAGAAGAUGCAGCUCUUUUAGCUAACCUUCAAAACCCUAACGUCUCCUCAUCUUCAUCCCUCUCGCAUGUUCUUUCCUCUUCAAUUUCCAUAUCUAACUUUCAUUCCUUCACCGAUCUAUCGCUUCUCUUCUGACCAUAAAUAAGCUAUACGAUCUUACCAUCUCCUAAUUCCACUCUCCAAUGGCUUCAACCAUGCCUGCUUACUCUUCAUUGGCUUUCUCUCCCUCUUCGCUCUUGAAAUCCUCCGUCCCGCAUCCCUCGCCUGCGUUUCCUUCCUCCGGCCGCUGCUUGCUGACUUCCUUCCCGGAAUUCAGAGGCUUGAGGAUCCAAAUGCCUUCUUCCAAGUUGUCCUUGCUCUCCACCGUUGCGAGGAAUUCUAGGGUUUCUCGACGGAACGUAGGGCGCGUUGUCUGUGAAGCUCAAGAGACUACGAUCGAUAUUCCUGCUGUGACUGAUGCAACAUGGCAGUCGCUUGUCCUCAAGGCUGAUGGGCCUGUGCUGGUUGAGUUUUGGGCUCCUUGGUGUGGGCCAUGCCGAAUGAUUCAUCCAGUAGUCGCUGAAUUAUCAAUGCAAUAUACUGGAAAACUGAAGUUCUUGAAAUUGAAUACUGAUGAAAGUCCUUCUAUUGCAAGCAAAUAUGGAAUACGAAGCAUUCCAACAAUCAUGAUCUUCAACAAUGGUGAGAAGAAAGAUGCAGUCAUUGGUGCUGUGCCGAAAACGACACUGACUACCACCAUUGAGAAAUUCUUGUAGAGGAAGCAGGUUCAUUGAAAUUGAAUGUUGACUCCAUGUUGGUCCGCCAAAGCUACUGCUGCUUGUAUUGCUGUCAAUUGCCGGCAUUGAAGAUAGAAUGCUGGUUAGGAAUGGCGUUUGAAAUUCCUAAAGGACUUAAGAUUCAUCUACUUUUUAUUUUUUUUAUUUUUUUGGUUUCACCUAGGUCAUUUCUACUUUAUUUUCUUGCUUUUGGUGGAGAUUUUGCUUUCUUGAUUUUGAUGGGUUGUUCUUGUUCAAUUAAUGCAACUGGCUUUUUCCAGGAAGUUGGAUCCCAUGUUUUCAAUUUUCUUUUGCUUUACUUUGUUUUCCACAAGCCACGGUAGUGGAGAAGGGAUUAAUGUUCAAAUUUUAACUUGUAUUUAAUGGAGAUGUUUAAUUUAAUUUA